AUGGAUCGCGUCGCGAGUGUUGUGGUGAUUUGUUUAGUGGCGACGACAGUUAUUGCCAGAAGAGAUUCGUCUGAAUUCAGCUGUCCGUCGAGUUCAUCCUCAACAACCGCAGCCAAAUUGAGGGACCAAUUAGUGUGCGAUUACGAUUACAAUAUCCGUCCAGUCAAGGACCAUCGUAAUGCAACUACAGUCCAAUUUAGAUUAUUAUUGAAAUAUUUUCAAUAUGACCAUUUCAGCCAUAUGUUGAGUGUAGAUGCUUGGUUCACUACGUUUUGGGUGGACGAACACCUCAAAUGGAAACCAGACGAUUUUGAAGGCAUCAAAAGUAUCCACUUAUCUUCCAGCUACGACAUUUGGGUGCCAGAUAUUUCAAUUUACAACAGGAAAGAUCAAUCCACUGACCCUAAAGCCAUUGGUGACACUAUGUGUUCAAUUAACUACCAGGGAACAGUCCUAUGUGUACCGCCCUUACACUUUGACGCACUUUGUGUGCCAAAUUUGAAAAAAUAUCCUUACGACACUCAAGAGUGCACUGUCAGGUUUGGAUCUUGGGUACACAAAGGCGAGGAAGUGAAUUUGAAAUUUAUAACUCCUGUAAUUGAUACGGAAGAUUUAGAGACAAAUGGUGAAUGGGAAUUAGUUUCGUUUAAAGGCGUCAGGCAUCGUGGAAAUUAUAGUUGCUGUCCCAACAGUACUUAUCCUUCAGUUGAUGUUGUUUUAGAAAUCAAAAGAAAUAGUCAUACACAUGCUAUUAACGUUGUCUUACCCUUAAUCGUCUGUAUUUUGCUUACCAUUACUACAAUGACAAUGUCUCCAUUGAACAAUGACAGGUUUAUUUUGAGCUGUGUCUCGCUGAUAGCUCACAUAUUUCAUGUGCAAAAUUUGUCUUAUAGUGUUCCUGUGACUGGAGAAAAUUUGCCAAGUUUGUUGUCAAUUUCUCGUGAUUCUACCCUACUAGCGGGCGUAAGCGUAGUACUAACAGUCCUGUUGAAAAAUCUAAUGCAAAAUAAAAACCAAAGUCCUCAAUGGGUGUCAGUCACAGCUUCAGUCUUAAUAGGAUCCAGACCUGGACAAUUGAUAUUUCUACCUGAUAAUUCAUUGAAGGGUGCAGCAGCUGCCCAAAAACACGAAGACGGUGAAACGAUUAUUUCAAACCUAGAAAUUCCCACAAAUUCGUCAUCCGAUUGGUUUGUUUUCGCCAAAUUCCUUGACGUACUUUUACUUAUUACUUAUGUGUUGACUUAUUUUAUUAUUUUAAUAAGUUUUUAAUAAAGUGAUGUUAUUUACGUUGAACUGAAA